CGUUUUGGAGCCAGCAUAUCAUCUGCAUCUCACUGACCAUCGCUCGCUGAUUGAUAACGUUCUACAACAGAAUCAGUUGGAUCAUUUGGCUUUGGCAUCUGUAUACGCUACUUGGAUCUAUAAACACGCGUGCUCAUGGCUCAGCAACCCCCACCGUUUCAGGCUCAAAGGCCACCUAUGCAAAUCGAUCCCAAUGGUAAUCGCUCACCCGGUCCGAGACCUCCUAUGGGCUAUCGUCCAACAGGCACACCACCACCUAAUCCCGCCUUUCGACCAGCUGGUACUCCACCUCCACCAGGCAGCCCUAUGAGACCUCAAUUCCCACCCAACCAGCAAGGCUUCCAACCACCGCCGCGACCUAGUUCAGGUCAGAACGGGUACAAUGGCAUUCCUCCCAACGCAGCUGGAGUGCGCCCUCCAUUUUCACCCGGUAUGCGACCUCCCAUGCCACACGACCGAUCUGCAUCUCCACAGACCAUUAGGCCCAUUCAGCAAGGUAGUCAGCUGCCGCCCCAGAGCCCUGUCGCUCAAGCGGCAAACCCACCCGCCAACCUUGCGCCGACUCCUUCAUAUUCGUCUGCAUCUUUGCCUGAUGGGCCUCAGUCGCCUACUAGCUCUCAUAUGUCUCAAGCAGAGCAUCAGCGUCGCAAGCGUAUGUAUCCACAGCAAAUCACUCAAGCAUAUUUGGACCAGCCUAGUCCUGCUCAGUCUUAUGAUCAGCAGUAUCAAGCGCCCUCAAACCCUGCUGCUUCAUCUGCUCAAUACUUUGUUCCUGGCUCACAAACUGGUCAACAAGGUGCGCCAGCUCCUUUAUCACCAGGGUAUGGACAACAGCAACAGCCAGGAGCACCGCAACCCGGACAGCAGCAGCCUUAUCAAGCGCCUGUUGCUAAUAUGACCAAUCAAUUCAGCAAUAUGGGCUUUGCAGGAGGAGCACAGCCAGCUGGGCAAAUCCAGUCUGUGUCGUUGAUGGGUAUUCCACCACAGAUUCAGGAUCUGUAUAACCAACCUCCUACCAUUAAUUUGCCUCCCAAUGCUUCCAUAACGUCAUCACCCUCUGCCAACUCUGAUCCAUCCUAUCAACGUUCCACCAUCAAUGCUAUUCCAGCUACUGAGGCAUUGCUCAAGAAAUCCAGACUUCCUUUGGCACUUGUGAUUGCUCCCUAUCGAACCCUUAAGGAUGGUGAUGAACCUGUGCCUGUUGUAUCGGAUACAGUGAUUGCCCGUUGUAGACGCUGCCGUACCUACAUCAAUCCGUUUGUUACCUUUGUUGAGGGUGGCCAACGCUGGAAAUGUAACAUGUGUUUCCUUCUGAACGAAGUUCCAUCCGCCUUUGACAGAGAUGCUAUCACAUCACAGCCUGCCGAUCGAUGGAAGCGUGCUGAAUUGAAUUAUGGAUGCGUGGAAUUUGUCGCUCCAACAGAGUACAUGGUUCGUCCACCGCAACCACCCGCAUACGUGUUUGUCAUCGAUGUAUCGUACUCCGCCGUACACUCUGGCAUGGUCGCCACUGCUGCCAGAACGAUUUUGGAUUCCUUGGAUCGCAUACCAAAUGAAGAGAACCGUACUAAGGUUGCCUUUAUCACUGUCGAUAGCUCAUUGCACUUUUAUAACUUUAAUUCAUCCCUCACUGAGCCUCAAAUGCUGUUGGUUUCCGAAAUCGAUGAUGUCUUUUUACCUGCGCCAACUGAUCUUUUGGUGAAUUUGACUGAAAGCCGCCCGGUUAUCGAAUCCUUUUUGGAAAAGUUGCCCGACAUGUUCAAGGACACGACUAAUAUUAAGAAUGCUGCAGGCUCAGCUUUGCAAGCUGCCUUCAAGCUUGUUAGCAUAAGCGGUGGCAAAAUUAUCUGCUUGCAAUCUACCUUGCCUAAUGUUGGCACCGGUGCUCUCAAACCUCGAGAGGAUGUCAAAUUGCUUGGCACUGCCAAGGAGACCACAUUGUUGAAUGCUGCAUCACCUUUCUACAAGUCAUUUGCUGUUGAUUGCUCAAGAUCUCAAGUGGCAUGUGAUAUGCUCAUUUUCGGUGGUCAAUACUCUGACGUCGCUACAUUGAGCUGUUUGCCCAGAUAUACCGCCGGUCAAACCUAUUUCUAUCCUGGAUUCAACGCUGCACGAACUGAAGAUGCUCUCAAGUUUGCUCAUGAAUUCUCGGAGUUGUUGGCUGAACAAGUUGGUAUGGAGGCUGUUAUUCGAAUUCGUGCAUCCAAGGGUAUUCGUAUGACAUCGUACCAUGGAAACUUCUUUGUACGAUCCACCGAUCUUUUGGCUCUGCCCAACGUGCCUCGCGAUCAAUCGUACUGCGUUGAAGUUGGUAUUGAGGACGAUAUUAAGACAUCCACUGUCUGUUUCCAAACUGCGUUGUUGCACUCAACUUGUCAUGGUGAACGCCGUAUCCGUGUUCUUACAACCUGCCUCCCUGUUACAAGCUCUAUGUCUGAGCUUUACGGCAGCGUCGACCAAUAUGCAAUGGCUACCUUCUUGGCUAAUAAGGCUGUGGAGCGUGGCUUGACAACCAAGUUGGAUGAUGCUCGAGAUGCUAUUGUCAAUAAGGUCGUUGAUAUGCUUGGUGUUUACAAGACCCAUAUCCUUGGCUCUGGCUCCGGUUCUACCCCGCAACUGACCAUAAGUGACAAUCUCAAGUUACUGCCUGCUCUCACCCUUGGACUGUUGAAACAUGAUGGUCUACGACAAAGCUCGCAAAUACCUACGGACUUGAGAUCGAACGCCAUGAAUCUUUUGAAAACCAUGCCAGUACAGUUGCUUAUACCGUACAUAUAUCCUACUUUAUACUCGUUGCACAACAUGCCCAAUGAAGCAGGUGAAGUUGGUGAAAACGGCGUUGUUCUUCCUCCAAGACUCAACCUCUCUGGAGAAAAGCUUGAGCCUCACGGAUGCUAUCUGUUAGAAAACGGCCAGAACAUUUACAUUUGGGUGGGUCGGGGCGUGGUCCCACAGUUGUGCUUGGACCUCUUUGACGUUAAGUCUUAUGAGGGACUACGUGGCGGCAAGAUCACUUUGCCCAGCUUAGAAAACCCUUUCAACCAAAAGGUCAACAUGAUCAUUGGAAAAAUUCGCGAGAUGCGUCGUGGCAACUACUACCCUCAGCUGUACUUGGUCAAAGAAGAUGGAGAGCCUGCUUUGCGUCUCUGGUUCUUGUCACAUCUCAUUGAGGAUCGAACAGACAAUGUCUUGAGUUACCCACAGUUAUUGCAGCUCCUCAAGGACAGAGUCUCAUCGGGAUCUUUCUAAUUUCAGCCAAAACCGAUACAAAAAAUAUAACAGAAGGCAAUAGAUAGUGACAGCCGAUUAGUGCGUUUUAAUGUUGGAGAUUGGAACGGCUCCACGCUUCAUUCCGAACGAAUGUCGAUCGACCUAAAAAGA